AUGGAGUUCUCAUAUGCUUAUACAUAUCCAUAUUCAUAUUCAUAUUCAGAUUCAGAUCCACUUUAUCCAUAUUCAUAUUCAUAUCCAGAGCCUCAUCUACCUGACUUACAAGCUAAUGAGUUGAGCUCUAAUUUGUUGGAGCUGCAACAUCUCAACUACUUGGAUCUCAGCGGAAACAACUUCAGUUAUAGCAAGAUUCCCAACUUCUUUGGCUCAAUGAAGAAUCUAAAGUAUCUAAAUCUCUCUCAGGCGAAUUUUGGUGGAUUGAUUUCUCUUCAAUUUGCAAAUCUUACUAGCUUGCAAGUUCUUGAUCUUAAUGGUCUUUUCCAUGUUAGUAUUCCUACUUUCCAGUGGGCUACAAAUCUUUUGUCUCUCCAAUAUCUCGAUAUGAAUGACGUAAAUUGUCGAAAUGCAUCAGAUUUAAUGCAGGUACUUACCAAGCUUCCUUCUCUGUCACAUAUCAGCCUAUCUUAUUGUAGAUUAAAUAUGGUCAAUUUUCCUUGGCGUACGAUCAAUUCCACCUUCUCUGCUAGUGUUCGAUACCUAGACCCUUCCGAUAAUCAUCUUGAAAGAUCAAUUCUUAAUGAUCUAAAAAAUAUGACUUCUCUUGAAGUGCUUGAUCUUUCGUCCACCUUCUAUACUAGUUCCUCAAUUCCAACCUGGUUGGGUGAUUUUCAGAGCCUUGUUUACCUUAAUCUUAGAUUGAAUAAUUAUGAUAGCUUUGAAGGAGAAGGUGGCUUGCUGUACAUAAUAAAUAAUGCUUGUUCCUUGAAGUUAUUGGAUUUGUCAUAUAACAAAAUUAGAGAAGUGUUAGAGCCUCAUCAGCAUUCAAGAAAAUGUGUCAAAUAUAAUCUAGAGAUAUUAAGUUUAGAACAUAACGAAAUGGGUAGUCCUUUUCCUGAUUGGUCAGAGCAACUAAAAUUUUCAAGGUACCUUGGCCUUUCCCAGAAUUUAUUUCAUGGUCCAAUACCAUCAUCACUUGGAAAGAUUUCAUUCUUGAAAGUAUUAGAUCUAUCCGUCAAUCAAUUAAUAGGGUCAAUUCCAGAAUCUUUGGGAAGAUUGUCGAGUUUGAGAAGAAUUGAUCUUUCUCACAAUGGGUUGACUGGGAUUAUUCCAAAAACAAUCGGGAGAAUGUCAGUUUUAGAGUGUUUAGCUUUGUCAUAUAACAAUUUGAAUGGGGUCAUUCCAGAAACAUUGGGAAAAUUGUCAGUCUUAAAGAGGUUAGACCUGUCAUAUAACAAUUUGAAUGAGGUCAUUCCAAAAACAUUGGGAAAAUUGUCAGUCUUAAAGUGGUUAUAUCUGUCCCAUAACAAUUUGAAUGGGGUCAUUCCAGAAAUAUUGGGAAAAUUGUCAGUCUUAAAAUGGUUAGAUUUUUCAUCUAACAAUUUGACUGGAUCAUUCUAG